ACCCCCACUCUUCCGUUUUCUCUCUCUAAAAAUUUCACCAUUUUAGCCACACUCAACAGAGAGAGUAGCGUACACAUGACUCGACGAAUCCGAUAAAAGUUGCUUCCUCUCUCCUCUCUCUUGUAUUUGGCGAACAGAGAUUACGAAGGAAAGUAGAAAUGCUUCUCUCCCGCUCUUAAUCCCCUCCAUUCCUCGAUCUCUUCGCCUAUACCCUCGAUUUCGUGCUAUGAAACCCUAACUUUCUCUCUCUAAAAUCAUCCGCUCAACAUCAUUCAUUCUACACAUCUUCGAAGAAUUCCCCGGUUUUGUUUGGAAAUGGCAAAAGGUACCAGAGGACGACGUAGGAUUGCUUCACGACAGUGCAGGCCAUCCCCCUACCCAUUGCCGUCUUGUAAUCGGGAUGUAUUGGAAGGCAAGCACCCAAAAAAAUGCUCAAAAGUCUUGAAUAAGAAAGACUGGGAAGAUGCAACCUGUUCCGUAUGCAUGGAGUAUCCCCACAAUGCUGUUCUUCUAUUAUGUUCCUCUCACGAUAAGGGUUGCCGUCCCUAUAUGUGUGGCACUAGCCUUCGGUAUUCCAACUGCCUUGACCAGUACAAGAAAGCCUACACAAAAGUUACAUCUUCUCAACAUGGUAGACCUUUGCAUGACUCGGUUGAUAGCCCAAGUGUUGACUCAGUUUCUACUUGGUCCACUGAGAAGUGUGAAAUGGCAGAGCUUGCAUGCCCCCUUUGUCGUGGCCAAGUGAAGGGAUGGACCGUAGUGGAACCUGCACGGGAAUAUCUAAAUGCUAAGAAGAGAAACUGUAUGCAGGAUAACUGCUCAUUCAUCGGAACUUACAAGGAGCUGCGGAAACAUGUGCGGGCAGAGCACCCUUCUGCUCGGCCACGGGAAGUGGAUCCUGCUCUCGAACAGAAAUGGAGAAGACUCGAGGGCGAGCGAGAACGGCAGGAUGUGAUCAGCACCAUAACGUCAUCAAUGCCAGGGGCAAUGGUUUUUGGUGAUUAUGUCAUAGAAGGAAGUCAUUAUGGUUUUGAUACAGACGAAGAAGACGGUUUUGAUGCAGAUGCCACAGGGAGGGGUGGGGGGUUUGGUGUGGGGAUUGACAGCAAUUUCGUCAACGUCUUUCUCCUAUUGCAUGCACUUGGGCCAGCCGCAGGGAAUAUUGGCUCAAAUAGAGGGAUGAGGAGACACGAUGGGGACUUCGACCGCACAUUUGAUGCAGGUGCUACUGGAUUGCGUCACACCACUCCUGUCGGUGGUUUUGAUUCAUCUGAUCAAGACACUGACAGUGAUGAUAAUGGUGAUGGUGAUAAUGAUGGUUUAUCAUUAGUUGGCCGCCUUCGCCGCCAGGGUAGGGUGUUGUUGGGACGGUCAGGGAGGAGACGAAGGCGUAGAGAAGCAGCAAUUAGAGGACGGAGAUAGAUCUUAAUGGCGAUGGAAAGGUUGCGAAACAAUUCUUAGGUCUUCUAUUUAGGGUUAGAAAAGAAAGGAUUUAAUUCUACUUUCCUUCUAACAUUUAGAUGCACAUUUGCCUCUCAUCUUUUUAUGUUUUGUGUGAUAGAAUGACUGAAAAUGGAAGGUGGAAAAGUUGGUUUUUCCAUUGUGUAAUUGCCCAUUUGUAAUUCCCAAUUCCCUUCUCAUUUUAUGGUUCUGGUUGUGAAAAUUCGUCUGUGAAUUUUACCAUGUAAACAUGUAAUUUCAUGAUAUCAUUGUUCCUUUAUCAUGUACUGUUUUAUAAAAAAAGGGCAAAGGUUCAUAUAUAA